UUCACUUCUACUUCAAAUCUUGGACACUGAUUGUGCCAUUUUGCAGUUUGCACUAUGUCGGAUUCCAGUGUUAAGUCUUCAUCUCAAAAACCAAAUACUUCUGGGGGAAACGAACCAAAUUCUGCUUUUGCGGAUGCUGUACAGAGAGCUCGCCAGCUUGCUGCCAAAAUCCAUUCAACAGGAAGUGAAAGUAAUAGUAUAACUAGUGGCACAAAAAGACCGUUAGAAGAUAGUAUGAAUGGUAUGACAGACGGAACUCCAGAUAUAAAGAAAAUGGCUGCAAGUGAUCCAUUUGGACAAGUUCAGGGAAUGCAGCAAAGGAAUGGUGCUGCAGCAGAUUUUGUUGUGGAAGAAUAUCAUGUCCCAGAUAAAAUGGUUGGAUUAAUUAUUGGACGUGGUGGGGAGCAGAUUAUUCGAUUACAGACAGAAACAGGGUGUAAAAUCCAGCUUGCUUCCGACAGUGGCGGAUCUUCAGAAAGGCCUUGCACACUGACUGGAAGUCGGGAAUCAGUGCAGGCUGUAAAAGAUAUGAUUAACCAAAUCAUAAGCAAAGCAAAUAGUCCAUUUCCUCCAGAACCUGGCCACAUCCCUGAUGGUCAGUAUGUUUCAGAAAUGAUGAUACCAGGACCAAAAGUUGGACUUUUAAUAGGAAAAGGAGGAGAAAAUAUUAGGAAUCUUCAGGAGAAAGGUGGAGUUAAAAUGGUAUUAAUACAGGAUGGUCCACAACAAACAGCACAUGAAAAACCAUUAAGGAUAUCUGGUGAUCCACAAAAAGUAGAGUUUGCCAAGCAAAUGGUUAUGGACUUACUUGCUCAAAAGGAAAUGGAUCGAGGCUUUCCCAAUGGAGGUGGCCCCCCUAGUCAAGAAGAGGUAAUUUAU